CACAGGUAGCUUAUAAAAGACAAGUAGUGAAGAGUUUCAGACAGCAUAGACGAGCAAACGCUCAUACACACCCAGAGAGAAGAAACUGAAGCAGGACCAUUAGAAGACUGAUUUCUCGCUGUGCCACAGGUAGAUAUGGUCAAGGGAUUGAGGAUGUUGUGCCCACCUUGGCUCUUGGUUUUGGCUGUGCUGUGUGCGGGUGGAUCUGACGUUAGAGCUCAGUGCUGGGAAAGCACUCAUUGCCGGGACCUCAGCACUGAGGAAAGCAUUUUGGAAUGCAUCCAGCUCUGCAGGUCUGAUCUCACAGAUGAAAGUCCCAUAUAUCCAGGAGAAAGCCAUUUGCAGCCUCCUUCUGAGUCAGAGCAAAACGAGAUCCUUGUACCGCUAUCCCCCCUUACAUUCACCCCCACCCUGGAACAAAGGGCCCCUGAGUCCAGCCCCCGGCACGAGCACAAGCGCUCUUACUCCAUGGAGCAUUUCCGUUGGGGCAAGCCAGUGGGACGCAAGCGCCGGCCCAUUAAGGUCUACACCAACGGCGUGGAGGAGGAAUCUGCAGAGACCCUCCCAGCUGAGAUGAGGCGUGAGCUGGCCACCAACGAGAUCGACUACCCCCUGGAAGAGAACAUCUCUAACCAGCAGGAGAAAAAGGAUGGGUCCUACAAAAUGAACCAUUUCCGCUGGAGCAGCCCGCCCGCCAGCAAGCGCUACGGAGGAUUUAUGAAAUCCUGGGAUGAGCGCAGUCAGAAACCCCUUCUCACGCUCUUCAAAAACGUCAUCAAUAAAGACCACCAGAAGAAGGACCAGUGAGGGGAUGUAGGGAUUGUAGAGAAUGGUUUUAAUAUACCCAAAUACAUUUCUUCCUAGUAAGCUUCUAGAUCAUAAAAGAAAAGGAGGUGAGAUUUUUAGAGUUUAUUUGCAUUGUAAUCAACAAUAAAUUCUGAAUACUGUACAUAGAAAUGCUGUGGUGAUUAAAUACCUGUUAGGCUAAGGAAAUCAUUUUUAUCUUAUUUAUUGAAAUGUACUAUACUGUAAAUUUUGAAAAUGCGAUACAUAAAAUGAUUCU